AUGUCAUGGGAAAUGGAAUUAGAUGAAAGUUUAUUAGAAGAACUAUAUCAAUGGAUUGAUAGUCUUUCAUUAUCACGAGCAAAACAAAGAAUUGAACGAGAUUUUUCCGAUGGUUUAUUAGUUGCUGAAAUAAUUUAUUAUUAUUUACCAGAAUUAGUCGAUUUACAAAAUUAUAAUUCAGCUAAUUCAUUAGAACAUAAAAAAUCAAAUUGGAAAAUGUUAAAUAAAAAAAUUUUAUCAAAUAUUGGUCUGGAUAUACCAGAUGUUAUUAUAAGUGGUCUUUCAAAUUGUAAACCAGGUCUUAUUGAAGUUCUUCUGUUUAAUUUAAGAUUAAAAAUAGAUGAACAAUUAGAAUUAAAACAAAAAGCUAUUCAACAACCAAUUAAAUCAUCAAUUGAUAGAAAUAAAAGAAAAAAUAUCUCAAAUCUUAAUUAUGAAGAAGUAAAACAAGAAUAUCUUCAACAACAAGAACAAAUUGAAAUUCUUAAAGCUAAAAUUCGUCGACUUGAACAUGUUCUUCAAUUAAAAGAUACAAGAAUUAAAGAAUUAUCCACUAUUCUUCAACAUCAUUAA